GCUCUUCCGUGGUGUUUGUGCAGUUUGAUAGAAGGAGGCUGGAGUCUGCGGACACUGCUGUUCCGUGUGUCUGUGUGUUGAGUCAUGGAUCCAGAUGUCACCAUCAUCUUCUUGGGAAACACCGGGGUGGGUAAAAGUGCUUCAGCUAACAACAUUAUAGGGCGACGUGUAUUUCCAUCAAAGGCUUCCUUUCAUCCUGUGACAAAACAAAUCAGUGAGCAAACAGAACAUGUGUUUGGGAAGCACAUCAGAGUGGUCGACACUCCAGGAAUAUUAGGAUCAGAGGAGCUGAUUAAAACUUUCUGUCAGGACCUCCCACAGCCCUUCAUGCAGCUUUUGUUCCUGGUUGUGGUCAGAGUUGAUCGGUUCAGUGAAGAGGACCAGCAGGCUGUGGAGGCGGCCGUCAGUAUCAUCGGAGAUCAGAACUUUAGGAAGGCCUACCUCCUCUUCACAUGUGGGGACACCUUAAAAAACAGAAUGCUAGGAGAUGUCCUACAUGAGAAUAGUUCACUUCAAACAGUUGUUGAGAAGUUUGAAGGGAGGUAUCAUCUGUUCAACAACCAGCACGGAGGACAAGAACAAGCUGAAGAACUGCUGCUGAACUUCCUCCAACCAGCUGUUCCUGUUGUGCCUCAGGAGGAGAGGAGGAUCGUUCUGAUUGGCCAGCUUGGAGGAGGGAAAAGUUCAGCAGGAAACACCAUCCUGGGAUCAGAGAGGUUUAAAACAGGCUGUGAUUUUGAUUUGGUCAGUACUGAGACUGUGUCAGAGAGAGCAGAGGUGGAGCGUCGUCGGGUCACUGUGGUCGACACUCCAGGAUUCACUGAUGAAGCUCUGACUCCUGAACAGCUGUACCUGCAGAUCAUGAGGAGUUUAGUGGAGGCCAGUCCAGGUCCACAUGCCUUUGUUGUUGUGGUUAGAAUCAGUAAAAUGUCUGCAGCCGACAUCAAACUGUUUGAGUUACUUCCCACACUGUUUGGCUCUGAUGCUUCUAAGUACAUCAUGGUGCUUUUUACUCAUGGAGACAAGCUCCGAGGUCAGUCCAUGGAUGAUCUGAUCUGGUCCAACAGAGCUGUGUCUGAGUUUGUCUCCAGGUGUGGAGGCAGAUUCUGUGUGUUUGACAACACAAAGAGAGGAAACAGACGGCAGGUCAGAGAGUUCCUGAGGAGGGUAGACGACAUGGUUGAAGCUAACGGAGGAGGACACUGCACCUCUGACAUGUUCAAACCAAAUCUGACACAGAAAGAAAGAAUACUGAACUUACUGAAGCCUAUUCAGUUUCUGUUUGAUGUGCUGAUAGCUGGGUAUGUGAGUGUAAAGGCAGGUGUAGGAUGUGGGCUUUUAGGUGGAUUAGUAGGUCUGCUGGCAGGUGUAAAGCGACAUAAGGUUGUAGGUGGUUUAGUUAUUGUACUGCUAGGUGGGGCAGUAUAUAAACUGACAUCUGAUAAGUAAUCCUCUGAGCAGCAGGGACAUCAAAGAAAGAUGAUUGAUAUCCAUGUUUCAGACACAGUUGAAAAGCUUAAUCUGCAGGAGUUCAAAUAAUAAAGGGAAUACAGUCCCGAUCAAAAGUUUAGAGAAGUUCAAGAAGAGAACGUUUAUUUGCCUUUGCCACCAGAGCGUUAUGACAGUGUGACUAUCGGAUAGAAAAUUGCAAUGAAUCCACAUUCUUGCACAGCUUUGGCCUUUU